AUGGUGUCUUCCUCAUUUACCGGUAUCCUGCAUGAUGCGCAUCUAGUUGAUGAAGCUUUGGCACUUCGUACAACCGGGUGUGGCUACAGCCUCUCACAUGUUAGCAAGAAACGAGGUAAACAAUGUCUCAUUCUCUUCAUUUCACCUGGGUCCAUAAUUAUUUUUCAUAGCUUGGAUGGAUUCUAUCAUUUGCACUUUGAGAGAAUGAGUAACCUUGACCUACAUCCUCUAAGUCUUCCGGUCAGUCGACUCUCACCGGCCAGGUCCAGUAGCAGUAUUGAUCAGUAUACCCACCACCACAGCAAAGGUGACUCCGCCUAUAGUUCAUUCUCUGGAGGUUCCACAGUCCCUGAUUACUCCUCUCCCUUCCUACUGGAUGAACACCAGUCACACAGCCUGCACUACACCGAUCUGAAAUAUGCAAAAGCAAAAUACAGCCCAACCUUUCUGGAAUCUGAUUCAAAGAGCAUGGACCACCUUUACCAUUCCAUGGAAGCCAUUGUGCAACAGCACCAUCGGAGCAGCAGUAGCUGCUCUAACGUUGAAAGUCCACCAGUUUCUACGCAUCCUUUACCUCCCCCACCACCUCCUGCCCGUCUAGACAGCUUUGUAACAACCAGGAACCUUGAAAACUCAAGGGCACGUCUGAGUCCCGAAGGACAGUUUGAUGACAUUUCUACUUCAAAACAGACUGGAAAUCCGGAGGUCUGUGGUGUCCAGGUUGAGCCCGUCAAUGGUCGCUUAGUUUCACAAAAUUUUCAGAGAGAUCAGCUCAAGCAAGACUUUGGAGACAAGGUCCUUGAACCACCAAAAUAUACAAGCAUUUUAAGUAGAUUUCCCCUGCAAACCUGUCAGCCAGAGCACUUGCAGCAGUCUUGGAGUGGCCGUUCUGAAACUCAAAGGAAGAGGUCGCAUUCAGCUUAUGGGGGUCCUGUUUCUGAGCAGCAAUGCUACGUUAACUCCUGCCAUAUGCCACAGAAAAUGAUCAGUGGGAGUAUUCAACACAAAGGGCAAUUCUAUUUUGUUACGGGUGUCUUCAAGUCCUCUGAACCCAGUGUCACGCAGGGUGUUGUUGAAAGUGGAAGCAUGGAGACCUCCAGUGAGUGGUCCUAUAAAGCUCAGCAUAGAAGGCAGAGCUGUCCCGAUGGUCCGAGCGGUAGACUGUUUUUUCAAGAGGAGCACAAGUUCAUCUUUCAGAAUAAAGCUAUGGAGCAUCCAUCUUAUAAGUCAGAGCAGACUUCUCAAGGUGUGGAGGACAAGAGGGUCAUGAGUAAAGAAAUUGGCAGACAUCACUCCUCCAGCCACCCUAUCUUCUACUGUGGUCCAGAGGAGAAUUUGGUUGGUAAAACAAUAACCCCUGCUCUGAUUAAGGAAGACAAUACCAGUUGCCCCAAGAAUGAAGAACAGAUCACAAGAAAUUCGAGACAGCCCCAGUUGGAUAUUCCAAGAGAGAAGAUAAGCAAGGAGACCACCCCACUUUUAUACCACCUCACAGGAGCCAACAGGGUGCCAUUUACAAGCAAUUUCAAAAACAAUAAUGAUUGUGGUAUGGAGAUUAAGAUUACAGACUAUGGCAAAGAUAAGCAGAAGGCAGGAAAAGAUGGGCAAAGCUCUAAUAACAGUGAACAUUGGCAGAGUGAAGUGUCUAAAGAACAACCAAAUGAAUUCUCCUACCCAUGUGGUACCUUGGAUGACUCCUACAAAAUGUAUUACAAGGAGAAACUGAAAGAUGCCCAAUCCAAGGUUUUGAGGGCAACUUCCUUUAAAAGGACAGAUUUGCAAGACUCUUGGCCCCACAGAAUCAAGCAGCAGACAAACAAAAAGCUUUCUAUUGUGCCUGCUGGUUCGCCAUCACAAAACAUACAUUCCAGCUUGGCCAACCCCACCGCACAACUACACAAGCUGCAAGGAACAGAAAAGAAGAACAUGAAGGACCUCGGUCUGGAGAUUGAGAAAGGAAUGGAAAAGGAAACAGAGAAGUCAAAGAAUAUUGCUCAACAACAAGUGCCUCGAGUAGGGUCUAGGAAGCGUUUGACAGCAGAUCAGAAAAAGUUGUCUCAUUCUGAACCUGAGAAACUACAUCAGAUGUCAGAUGAACCUGUUCAUAUGACCUGCCGCUCUCUUGGAAAUGAAGGGGAAGGCCUACUCUCAGGGGGUGAUCGUGGUCUAGUGGCUGCCAGGCGGAAGAUGUUUGAAACACGAGGACGUGCUCUCUCUGCCUCCAACUUCUCAAAAUCAAGUCUGAAGCAUCUUCAGCACAAGGCCUUGGCAGCAUACAUGGAACGUAAAACUGGUCAAAAGGUAGCUGAACCUCAGCAGCCAGUUCCACAAGUACCAAGCCAAAGGAAUUCAACUGCUGGGAGGCUCUGUGGCUGGAGCUCCAGACAUAACUCUGGCAGUGCAGACUUUAAGAAGCUCCACAGGCCUCUUUCUGCAGGUCGCAUUCUUGACUCAGUGUCAAGUUCUGUUAAAUAUGCCCAAUUCAUCCCUGCUCAGCCUAGCAUUCACUCAAGGCAGUCCAGCUCGAGAGAGGAGUCCCCUACAGCAGGGAAGUCUGCCUCUGUGGAGAGUCUUCUGGACCAGGCUGAACAAACUGAGUUCUUCCGGGCACGCAGCACGUCGACUCCCCAUGCUUUCCACGCUCGGAAACAUCCAGAUGAGUUCUCAACCAGUUGUAACAAGGACAUUUCAAGUGUGCAGAGAAAUGUAGAGGGAGAUACAUUGGUCCAUCACAGUCGUACAGCAUCUGUUUCUAAUGACCGACGGGCACGAAUGGUCGCUCCAAGAGGGAAAUCUCUGGAGGAACUUGGGGUGUCGAAGAUCUCAAGUCCUGAAGUUCUCAGCAAGAGCUCCGAGCAGUUUGACCAACUGCAGGAAAAGCAAGCUAUGUCUGGAAAAGAGACGCAAAUCACUAAAGGAAAGGAACAGAUGGACAGUAAGCUAAAUCAAAGCUGUUUCCCCCUGUUGAGCUUUGGAGAAUACUCAGAUAAAUCUCAGGCAGGUCCUGAGAAACAACUCUCUAAGCAGAUAUCUCCAACACCAGACUCUUUAGCAUUUUCCUACUCCCAGCUCAAAACAUCGUUCUCUCCACCUGACACAUAUGGAUCCCAUGGCAUUGCCGCUGUAAAAAACGUACCCUCCCGUGAGGAUGAAAUCCAUUUGGCUCCUCACUGCAAUGGAACUAAAAAUAGAGAUGACACCAGGCCUAGUCAUUCCACUGAAUCCGGUGAGAUCAAGCUUGAUAUCAGAAAAGAGCAGGAAGUUUCUCCUCUGAAUGUGAGUGAGGCACCUGUAUCUAGUCAAGAAGUUUCUUUCAGUCAUGGAGUCACAGCAGAUCCCAGUUUAUGGAUUUCAGUGCCUGAGACAAAUGAGACAGAGGCAAAAAAUUGCCCAUCUUCUGAAACAAAAACUUUUGUUGAAUCCCAAAAUGCAGUGCCUACCCCAUGUUGUUUGAUUGAAACCACACCUAUAACUACUCUAACUGUCAUUCCACGAGUGGAGUCCAGCCAGACACCUGCACUAAGUAGGGAACAAGAGGUUAGUGAAAAGGAAGUUGGAUCUCUUGUGACUGAAAACAAGCGAUGGAAGGAUCCAAAGGACAAACUAGAGUGGGAAGUGCUAGUUCAGGAGGUAGUUUCAGCUGACCAGUCAUUAGCUCGCAGUCUUUACCCUACAACCAAUCGGAAGACAGCUCUCAUGCUGAUGGAGCAGCUGUUGUCUGAAGAUACCCUUCUAAUGGAGGAACACUACAAGAAGAAACAGGAGAAGAAAGUUAAUAACCCAGGGGAAGCUGCACACAGUGCUGAGAUGCCAGAGGAUGACAAACCAUCAAACCCUCCCUCAUCUCUGAAUGAUGACACUGCUCUCUCAAACAACCAAAAAGACAAACUGUGCAACACAGAAAUGGACAUCAUUGAAAAGAAGAGACAGCUGAUAGCACAUAUAGAGGAGCAUUUGAAGUCUCUUGAGGAGGUCCGCUCCACCCUGCAGAGUGAGGAGAAAGAGAAUGGGGCGCGAGGCGAUGCUAUGGAGACUCUGGUGCGAGAGAGCUGUGUGCCUGCUGAGCUAGAGCGCUACACACAGUUUAUAGGAGAUCUAGAGCGGGUGGUCAGUCUACUGUUGUGUCUGUCAGCCCGCCUCGCACGAGUGCAGAAUGCCCUCAGCACUGUGGAUGACAAAACGGACACGGAGGAGAAACAAUCGCUGGACAACCGCCACCAUCUGCUGUGCAGACAGAGAGAGGACGCCAAAGACUUGAAGGACAACCUGGACCGACGGGAGCGCCUAGUGUCCACAUUCCUCUCCAAACAGCUAACAGACGCACAACUCCAGGAGUACCGGCGCUUCAUCCAGACCAAGGCCUCCCUGCUCAUUCGCCAGAAAGACCUGGACGAGAAGCAGCGUUUGGGUGAGGAACAGCUCGAGGCUGUACUCAACAGUAUACCGCUUUAAAAGGUCUCGAUCCAGUGAGAUCAGCACCUCCAGAGACUCAUGGAACAAUAGAUCCCCCAUGUAGUCUCCCAUGGGUGUCUAAUGACACUGGUCAAUGACAUAUUCUGAAAUGCCUGAACGUGCCUUUUAAAAAUGACCACUUGUUUCCUUGAGACUGUAAUUACUUUGACACUAUGUUUCAUGGUGUGCUUUAGUUUCAUAUUUAGCUGACUUUUUUUUUCACCCAAAAAUACAAAUUCUGUCACUAUUUACUCAUCAUUUUUAAACCAAAAGGAGAAUGUAAAAGGAGAAAUUUUGGAGAAUGUAUUCAUCGCUCUUUCCAUGCAAUUACAAAGAAUGGGGACUGGAGCUUUCAUGCUUCGAAAAGGACGCACAUGCAUCAGAGAAGUAUCGGAAAAGUGGUUCACAUGACUCAUGCUCUUUAGGUCAAGUCUUCUGAAGCCAUACGACAGUUAUGGGUGAGAAACAGAUUGAACUUUGUUCUUAUUCACUGAUAAUCAUGCCCUUCAUUGAGUUGAACUCGAGAACCAGAUGAGACCUGUUCAUGGAUGAAUCAUUCAGACAGGUUUUGUAAACUGGAUAAACUGAUUCAUUGAGUCAAAAGAACGAUUCGUAGAUCACGACUUCUCUUAUGAACUGUCAUGAAAGUCAUACGGUUUGGGUGAGUAAAUGAUGACACAAAUUUUUGAAGAGUGAACUGUCCCUUUAAGAGCCGAGGAACGGUUUAUUGUGAGCAUAAAGUGGAUGAAUAAGGAAUAUGCCAUUUUUAGGAUAUGGGUUUGCUUUGAUUUUAUACUCAUAGAGCACUCUAAAAUGAUGACCAAAAAGGAAGAAAAAGCACUUUUGAUACUAAACUGCACAUACUCAUUAGGAACAUUAAAACGAUAUUGUAAUCCAUCCUAAGUGUUUGUUCUUGCUGAUUUCAGGUCUUAAUUCUUUUGACACUUGAUGCUACAUCUGUCGUAGUGUAGCUUUUCAUCUGUUGUUGUUGUUGUUGUUGUUGUUUGUCCAGUAAUUUCAUUUGACACUAUCAUGUUGAACGUAUUUAAUGAAAAAGUAUCUUAAAAGAAUUGUAUUUUGUUCUUAAGAUUCUCUUUUAAAGUUGUGUAUUUUGUUGGAUAUUUUAAAUGAUUGUGGUGUUUCAUACAUUUUAUUUAACUGCCAUCAUUGCACAAUUGUGUAGUGAGACCCUGAAACAACAGCAAAGCAAACAUGUUUUUUUUUUUUUGUUUGUUUGUUUUGUGCUUAUCCUGUUAGGACGUUACUAACACAUCAAUGUAAGUUGAACAUUACAUACACUGACAAAUGUUGGAGUAAUUUGUGCAGUGUCAGAUAGUGACAGAUUACAUGUAUUCUGGAUCAUGUAAUCAGAUUACAACUGUCAAUUACUUGUAAUCAGAUUACAUUUUAAAAUAUGGGUAACCAGAUUAGUUACAUUUUUAUGAUUAAAUGUUUGAUUACAUUACAAAUAAGACAGCAGCAAUAUCACAAAUAUUCAUAUAGUAUGUAUUUGUGAGUAACAUUUACAGGUACAUAUAUGUACCUGUAAAUGUUACUCACAAAUACAUACUAUAUGAAUAAUAAUGACAUCAGACUGGAGAAAAAAAAAGCAACUGGCUGUUUGAUUUCAUAUUUACUAAUGUUUAAUAAGAGUGUUAUAUUACAUUUGGUAUUAAAACAUUCCAAAUUAAUAAUUAGAUGUAUCAAACCAUGCAAUGAGUAAUCCAAAAGUAAUAAUAAAAAAAUCAGAUUAGAUUACCUAAGAGUAAUCUAAAAGAUUAUUGAUUGAUUAAAAUUUUAUUCAUGUAAUUUGUAAUCGGUACCAUAUUACAUUUCAGAAGUAAUCUACCCAGCACUGAACUUAUGCUAAAUGCAACAUUUGAUUUUACUCUUGUUUGUAUAUAAAAACAAAAAUAUAUUCUUGCAAUAAACCACAAAGUGCGAAGCAGAGUGCCUAAAAUCCCCAUUUACCAUGGUAAAAUCACUGUAACGCACUCAGUAAAGUGACGUAUUGCUUUUAUAAAAAGGCGGCAACGGCAAUAUACAAAAAGACACCAGUGCUCAAUAAAUUGAUAUUUUAUAUUAAUAUUAGAGGUAUACUUUUAUUAAUAUUAAUAACUGGAAUAAACAGUUCUUCCACUUAAGUUUAUUUGCCUAACUGCAGGCUGCUUAUGGGAAAAUGUGGACACACUUCACUAAUUAAUGUUUCUCAAGAUCUUAAAAUCCUUUUGACCUAUAGGGUUAUGCUUAACCUUCCUGGACUGUUCAGUCAUUUUUGACCUAUUUCAGAUUAGGUUUUGUAAUAAAAAAGGUUUUCUCAAUCUGAGUGGUACAAGAAUUUGUGAUUUUUUUUUUUUUUUUUUCCUAGACUUGAAAUCAUACAUACAAAUAAAUAAAUACAAUUAUUUUUUUAAUUUGUCAAAUAAAAUCAGUAAAUCAGCCACAAUGCAGAACACACACAUACAUACACCCAUAAAUGGGUGAGACUAACACAGCCAGAAGACACGACGUAAAACAGAAACACACGCGUACACACACACACACAAAGUCUGAGUCUGGCCCCAUUGUAUAUGCUUGGGUGUGGGAGCCGCACCUUCCAGACAAAACACUGCAUCUUUCUGUUAGGGUAAACUAAUUUACUUUGAGUUAUAACAGUUUUAUAUUUAAAAUGAAUUAUUGGUAACAAAAUGCUUAUUCUAUGUCUCCUCUUUUUAACACCAUGGUCAGAUUUGACAGUAAACAUGUAGUAAUGUCACAUUAUUGCACAAACAGACACUCCAAAACAAUAAAAAAUGCUAAAUUUGUUCCAAGAAUAGUUUAAAAAAUGUUCUAAAUAUAUAUCCAAAUGUGUAACUUUUGAUAAUCUAAUCCUAAUCUAAAAUUAGAAAAUCAAAAAUUAAGUUACAAAAUCAGACCACACAGUCUCUGCAGCCAUCUACUGGUUAUUAUUGUCAUGACAAUUUUCAAGUUAAAAAAAAAAUCCACCAGAUCUCAGCAAUCUGCACCAAUACAUGACACAAUCUCAUAAAUUCUUCAUGUUUCAAUUUAUAGAAGUGUAUGUUUUUGCUACCAACCCUGGAGUUCGCUAGUUCGAAUCCCAGGGGGUGCUGAGUGACUCCAGCCAGGUCUCCUAAGCAACCAAAUUGGCCCGGUUGCUAGGGAGGGUAGAGUCACAUGGGGUAACUUCCUAGUGGUCGCUAUAAUGUGGUUCGUUCUGUAAAUGUUCUUAUUUGCAUAUGCAAAUGAAUGAUGUAAUUGAGCGAUUUACAGGUAAAUAAGAUCUAAAUGGCAUAAAAUCCUAAAAGAAGUACAUAAUAUUAUAGUUAUUACUUCAGGGAAGAAUAAAUUGUAUCAUUUCUUUAAAAAAACUAAAGUUACACCUGUACUGUUUCCGCUCAAAAAUGACUGCAAACUGCCACGGUGUAAACCUUUAUUGAACAGCCUAGGAGGGUAAAAUACUUUAAAUUAGUUUUAUAGAUGAAUCUAAAUUGUGCCUACGUCUGAAUUUCUUUACAAAACUAAACGUACUACUUAAAACAAUAUUAUGUCGAAAUGUAUUAUUAUGAGUAUGCACUAUGCAGAGCUGUAAUCAAGGUGAAGGAUUUAUGUUUUGAUGGAAAGUAAAAUAUAAGAUUUAGUUAAUUUAGCAUUUUGGUCAUUACAUAAUUCCUAACCUUCCAUUUAUUUAAUAAUUAUUAUUAACCACAUUUUAUAAUAAAAAUAAAAACAUCAAAAAGUACGUGUAAGUAUGGCCAAACUUUUAUCUGGCAGUAUAUAUAUAUAUUUUGUGUGCAUUUAUCAGCAUUUAAAUAACAGUUUUGAACGUGGCUAAUCCAAUCAGAAUGUAAACAUUUGAAUUUCUCCAUUGUAUAAUCAGUUUGUUUCACAAUCAUGAAUUCAUCAUUCAUUCAGAUUAGCUGCUUUGUUAGUUGGUACAUUCAAAAUCCCAAAUGUAGUUUCAUUAAUCGGGAUUAAUAAGCAUUCACACCCCCUCCCUGUUGUAGUUUUGUGUAUUUAUUGAACUUUAACCCUUAUUUCUCCAUUAUUUUACCCCUUACAAAUACUUAUUUACAUGUUUUUAUGUGCUCUUGCAAAAACAGUCAGUAUAUGUGUUGUGCACUUUACAGCCGGUGACUUUUGUCUGUCUAAAAAAGUGAUGUCCGGUACACACACGAUUCGUUCUUUUGAACCGGUUCACCAAAUUGGACUGAAUCGGGAUUGUUCGCGUCUCGAGGUAACACUAAUCCACUCGUCAUUCGACCCGGCAGGAAUAUGAUUCUUGCUUUUGCAGUCGCUUAUUUGCAGUGCUGGGCAGAUUAGUGCUGAAUUGUAAUCGGGUACUGAUUACAAAAUACAUGACAAAAAUUGCAAUUAGUAAUGUAAUCUCACAGAUUACAUUUUUGGGUAAUCUAAUCCAAUUACUUUUGAUUACUUUUUUGGAUUAAUUACAACCUAAUUAUUUUAUUUGAUGACACACGCAUUUCUUAUGGAAGUUUCUAGAAAUAUGGACAGGUUCCCGGGGCGCGUUACACAAACGUGGUCAUGCAAUUUUGCCAUUUUACAAAUGCCAUCCUUGUGUGGUAAGAGAUCAGACCAGUUAUAUUUGGGAAUCAACAUCACAAAAACGGCCUUAAAGUUAUCACUAAAGCAAAAGUGCAUUUUGAAGCCAAGUACAAAAGCACAUGAAACAUAAACAAUUUUUACGCCGCUAACACAAUCGGAUUACAUUGUGAAUAUAAAAUGACGUGUAUUUGACAAAACCCUUCCAACACAUAGUGGCACAUGGUUAUAUUACACACAGAGUGAUGAUCUAAAUAAUACUUAAAAUGUGUUUGUCAGGAGUUAAGAAAACAUGCAAACAUAUCUUCAAAUGAAAAACAAAUCUAUAUAAUAAACAGUUUACUGCCGUUGCCUAAUUAACAUGUAGUCGUGUAAUCAAUAACAAAGUAACUGUAUUCUGAUUACGUGUAUUUUAAAAUGUAAUUUAAUCCAACUACAUGUACUUAAUUUUCGUAAUCUGAUUACGUAAUCCAGAUUACAUGUAAUCAGUUACUACCAGCACUGCUUAUUUGUCAUGAACUGCUCCAACCACUCGAUUCGGUCGCAACAGUAGUCGAGUGAACAGUACACUAACAACCUGCCCGUUGAAACAAGUCGUUCGAAAGAACUGGUUGGUGGAUAUUACUGUAACUUCAGUAGUGUAAAAUCAUUUUAUAUCCCAAAUCUGCUUUAAAUUGUAUUGAUGGUAUGCAUACAUAAUGCCUUUCAAAAUAUAUUCAGUAGUAACUCUAAGAAAUGUUUUCUCUUACAUUUUUAUAAUGUUUCAUUGCCAUUUUCUUUUGGCUAAGCAAAUGAAAGUUUGUUUUGGCCUUUGAACAGAGGGCGGCCACUGAACGGUUAUGCCUUUUCCGUCAAGACAUCAUAUGGUUUUUAUGGCCUUAAAAAAUUCCCAAGUCAUGUGAAAGUCCCAUUUCUCCACAGAAAUGUCACCCACAAACAACACUGAUGCUUGAUGUAGAUUAUGAAAUGUAGUGCGUGAGACUCUAUGCACCCAUCCAUCACAUGCUUUGUCAUUGAGAGCUGUGAAUGAUUAUCAUUGAAUGUGUCUGGACUGUUUUGUGUUUCUGCCCUCUUGUGGUUGUGCUGUGUAUUAUUUGCCUUGACUGUUUCCAGAUCAUUUGUUAUGUGGAAUGCAUGAAUUCUAUUACUUUUGUUAUAAUGUGAAUAAAGCAAGUAAUGAU